CUACAUGUAGCCUGGUCCCGAAAGUCAGUGAGGGGAAGGUGCCAAUAGACAUGGAUCCAUCUGAAGUGAAUAAGCCAUAGUGUUACAGACAUCAAUAGAACAAUUGCAUCAUUCAUUGUUUACGGCGAAUGUUUUCCCAUGGGUUAGAUCACCUUUCCAUUUCAAUUUUUUUUUUCGUGGGUGCAGCUGGCAAGGAAUGCAGCUCGAUCGAGAUUCCCUAAGAGUCGCACUAGCUUCUGAGGAUUUAGAUCCCCAUGAGACUAAUGAUAAAACGAUUGAAUUAUGAAGUCAAAAGCUUCAGUUCAUGGUUUCUUGGGAGAGGCAAAGACUCGUUCGGAGGAUCACCGUUUCAUACGAGGUGAGGUGACGAAUGCGGCGAGCAUAAUCAGCUGAGAGACUUAAGAAUCUGAGCAGUUCUAAGAGCAAACAGAAGUCAUAUGCAAAGCUAUGAUGAAUCAAGCAAAGCAUAUACAAUACUUUGUGAUUCACUAACCAAAUUUCCAGCGAAAUAUUUUGACAAAAUUUUUCCAUACAAAUCUUUAAUGGCAGAAAUCGGAAGUGGUCUGGACCAAUGAUCACUUUCCGUUGUGAUCCGUGGUCGAGAACAGUCGUCAAGAUUGAUCUAAAUUGUCUUCAUCUUUCUUUAGACGGUCACGAAGACCGUCAGGGCCAUUUCCCAAUAUCUGACAGCUUCCUCUUGGCAAAAAAAUUGGACGAAAAAGUGGGGAGUUCUGUGGGUGAGAAGAAGAGUCUCCGGGCUUUCUUUGUAUACUAUAUGUACUGUACAGCUUGAACAGAGACUGUAGAUUGUUAUCUACGUUCUCGUAUCUAGGAUGAGUUUGCCUUGAAUACAAUCCGGUUCGACAUUAUUGUGUAAGGGAAAUGCGUACCUGGAUGUUUAGUCAUCACGUCCGACUAUGAUGACUUUAGGUCUGGUCCAAAUAUCCUGCGUUUUGAGAGACGCAUCCAACUCUACAGACUCAUCUUGUUUAAGAUGCUUCAUUCUACCACAUUCCUAUUGUUACAUUUCACUUAGACGUUCACCAAACGAUAAUGAACAUUCCAAUAAAAACGUAUAUAGCUUACAACGCUCAUCAAUGGCGACUACCGAUGAACUGUCAUGACGAGAAUCCUCGUCUAAUGGAAGACGUUCAUAACGAUUGUUAUCUUGGAGAUGCUGGCCAACACCUUGUCGAGAUAUUGACGGCGGGAUAAUGAUAGGUGACUAGUUUGUGCUUUGUAGCAUGUCACAAAAGUAACUAUUUUGAGAUGGAAUCCAUCCGCUAGCAAGACUACCACCUAGUAAGUCGGGAAAAUAGUAGAGAAGACCGUCGGCAAACAGUCCUAGCUACAGUCGCGACUGUCUGUAAGACUGUUGUGAAGACCACCUGUAACUCUCAGCCAAUCAUUUGACAGUCGUGAUUGCAGUAGACACAAUGCCAGUUCAGUAAAUGACUUGUGAGACUAUCUCACAAGAAACAGCAAUAGUAACAUUUGUUGUAAUUUAUGGCCGUAGUUAUUGAAACAUGCGUUACUUGAGAAAAGAUUUACAGUGAUAUACUGAGAAGAGUGAUAUCAAUCGUAUGUGAAUGAUUGAUAACAAGGCAGCCAAAAACUCACUUCAGUAAGAACAUGUAUGUAGUGAAACGAAGUGUUACUUAUUAUUUCGAUAGAUUAUAAGACUCAUCAUGUUAUCACUUAUAUAUCAUACCUCAAUCACUUAUUUUGGGCACGCGUGUGUCGGUGACAUAUCAGCUAAAUAUUACACUCAAAGAUCUGCAAUAUACAUUUCUUACUGACAGCGGCGCCUUCGGCUCGCUGUAAGGCUACACGCACAAGAGAUGGUAUAGAGCCGUGCAGCAAACUAUCUCAGGGAAGAAAACAAAUGCCAUUAUUAUAUUAAUGAGAGGCUCCAUCACACUACCAAGUCAAGAGUUACCCAGUGUCACCUUUACAUGUUACCUCUUGAAAACUGUAAUUGUCACUUGUAUCCACCACACAGGAGCGGCAACACCUGCAGGAAUUGAACACUUCUUCAAGACGAAGUCGUACGUCACAGCCAAGUGCCAAAGUUUGUGGAUGAGUGGUGAAGGGGCGCCAGAGACCAGUCUUCUCCGGGAGGCUAAGUGUUAUACAGGAGGGAUGGUGGAGCGGUAGCAUGGCGGCUCCGCAUCCCAUCGCGGAAUUCCGGGACGCCGACCACUACUGGGGCUCCACCAACGACCCGGGCCACGAGAUCAUCCGUCCCAAGCCCAGAAGACCCGGAGAUGUACACCGACUUAGUGCUGAUGCUGCGGUGAUGCUCCGCUCCCAGCAACAACAGUCACAAAACAACAACAGUAACAGCAAUUCAAGCAGCACCACCAGUAGCACCAGUUCUUCUAGCACCACUAACAACAAUAACAGCACCAACAACAAUAGUGGGAGCACCAGAGAACUUACACCAUACAACCAACAACAGUCACAGCAGAACAACAGCGGAAGUAACAGGGACUUAACGACCUACACUCAGCAGCAACAGCAGCAGCAGCAGGCAGUGGGCAAAACUCCUGUGCGAGACUUAGGUGGCGGCUCCACUCCUGCCCUCAAAACGCAGCCCACUCGGGACCCACCACAGGGUCGUGGGCGUGAAGGUCGUGCUGGAUCCCGAGAACGAUUGGUGGGUGCUCCCCUUAGCCUGGCCCAGCGUGACUACCCUCGUCAUGACUACUACCAGCACAAACCCCAAGACUAUCCUACGAAGCCACAGGACUACCCCAGCAAAUUACAGGACUACACCUCUAAAGCUCAAGACUAUCCAACAAAGCCACAAGACUACACCAGCAAGAAUGGAAGCAACACCCCGGUGUAUAAAGCUCAGAGCCGUGAGGUAGUGCCAGCUCAACGCCAACAGUCCCCAGGGGUUGCUUUGGCAAUGAUGACAUCUCCUGGCACUGGAAAUGGAGGUCUGAGGGAACGUGUGGCCUCCCCUCAUCGAGUAACGUCACCUCCCGUCAAGUUGGAGUCACAGCGUAUAGGCAGUCCACCUGUCAAAAUGUCUGACCCUCGCCCUCAACAUGAUUAUGGGAAACCAGACAUGCCCAAGCUGGAAGGUUCCCCUGUAGGUGUGGGUGUGCCCAAUCUGAGCCCAGUUAGUGUCAGUAGUCACUUUGUGCAGCAGUAUCCUGAGAGAGACACAUCAUCCUCCUCUCAGACCAGUAGUGGUGCUGUAUGGGAAGGAGGGUACCCAAUGACCCCAGAGAAGUAUCCAGUGUCAGGACCCCAAACAUAUUCACCCCUUCCUUUGACAGCACUCCACAUGCAAGCUUCACCAUCCCACGGCCAAAGGCUUCCUCUUGACUCAACAGAGAAAGUGAUUGAUGCCUUAGACCAAAAGAAGGAUAUUAGCUAUUCUCCAUGUAGCAAUAACAGCAACAGCAACUGCAAGAACAAAAGCAGUAGUACUCUAGUAACAGAUGACAUACUGGAUGACAAAUACCGUGACUACCCUGCUGAAAAAGAUGAGGGUGAUCCUGAAGUGCUUGUUGAUGGUUGUGACCUCAAGAAACUGGCUGAGGUUACUAAUAAGAUGGCCCUCACAGUGCUCCCAGAUGAUGUGGACACUUACAAUGAACUCAAUAAACACCACCUCAAUGGACAUCUGAAUGCUCACUUAAGUCACCUUGGACGUCCUGGUGGUCAGCUGACUCCUGAGAGUACUGAUUGUGGGUCCCUUAGCAAGAGUUCUUCUGAUGGAGACCACAUGAUGAAUCGUAAGCGACCUCCCACCAAACUGAAAUCCAAAAGGCGUAACAUCCUCUCCUUCCCUCACCACUUGUCUGUUGAUGAGCUCAGAGUCAUACAGCGUCGUCAAGAUUCUUAUGGAGGUGGCUCAUCAUCCGAUGAAAACCGCUCAUCAGGCCAUGCUUCCAUGUCUGAUGGCCACACCUCCUCUUCACCGCCUAUUGAUUCAUUACCCAGACAUGACCACUUGAGACCCAACCUCAAGGUGGUUCCUGAGGAUGAGCGCCUCUCUGCUGCUGUAACCUCAGUUGGAGCAGGAUACAAAGGAGCCGGGUCAGGCCGGCGAGGCCAAGUCUGGCCACGCCACAGGGCUGCACCAUCUAAAGAUGACCUUUCCCUUACUCUUGAAAGUGCCAGUGGACUGGAAGACAUUAAGCAAGCUAUAGAACAGCUCACUCUACGUUCACAAGGCUCAAGGACCAGUUACUCCACUUCAACGUACUCUUCCAUGUCAGGAUCAGAGGGGGAGCCUGUGAGGAGGCUGAUGCGCCACUCAUCUCUGGAAACUAUCAACACCAAUGUCACUGCAGCUGAUGAGUUUGUGUGGGUCGAUUCUCAUAACAGAUUGGUAGAAUUGCAACAACUGCCAUGGAGCAAUCAUGAUGUGCUGAGAGUUGUACAGCAGGGUCGGGUGAGGGAACAGCUGGACAGAGUGUCAAUGGAAGCAGUACCUCGAUUGUCAUACCUGCUGCAGCGAGCCCUUGUCAGGGUGGCUCGAGAGGCUCAGAGGCUUACUCGACCAUUGGCUAUGUGUAGCAAGCAAGAAGUGUCUUCAGCCCUUAAGAUUGUCCUUUCACCAGCACUGGCAGAUUCUUGCAUCAAGGCUUGCUUAAGAGCUGCUGCCAUGUACACAGUGUGUGGAGAUCAGCUGCGGCAAUCCAAGAGUGCGCGAGCUGGCCUCAACUUGUCUGUGGGACGUUUCAUGAGAUGGAUGUGUGAUGUUCGAAUUGGCAAAUUUAUGCAUGAGUAUGCUGCUGUGUACCUGACUGCAGGAAUGGAGAACUUGCUGGAGGAGAUGGUGCUUCAGUGCCUCCCACCUGAGGAGGAUCACAUGCUGACAGCCAGUGUGCUUGAGCAUGCCAUUGCCAACAAUGGAGACCUCUGGGGCUUGCUGCAGCCGUAUGCACACCUUAAUGCUGGAAGGACAGCCACAGGUGCACUCUGCUUGCCUCGAUGGGCAAGUACCAGCAGCAUUGAAACUUCAACUAAUACCUCAACGGGUGGGAGCAGAGGGAAUGCAGGUUCAGGCUCAAGCAGUACAGGUGGUGGCACUGGAGUCUCCAACACUACCUCAGGAAGUGAUGGAGUGAGUAGUGGAGGUCUGGGAGGGAGCACCAGUGGACCUCAGCCCUCAUCAAGUGUCAACCUUAAUCCUGAGGAGCACUCAAGAAACAGCAAAACACUGGAACAGUCUCUGCUGACAACAUGUGUUGGGUCGUUGGCGGAGUUGAGUGAACUGCUGAGCCGGGUUGCACCUCACCACCACCGUGCUGCAAACACUGCCUCUCCCACUCGAGCUCAGGUUACUUGGGGUCCUUCAGCCUUACAUGCAUUAUUUUACUUCAUGAGAUGCAGUCAGCUGGAACAUGCUGAGCAUGCUUCUCGUGCUCCAAUACAGGAGCUGGUUUAUGAGCGGCCAUACAUAGUGUUGCCGCCACUACUAGAGUGGGUGAGGGUGGCCACUGCCCACACUGAGCACCGUCAUUCAACAGUGGUGGACAAAGAUGAUGUCAUGCAGGCAGCCAGACUGCUUCUUCCUGGGGUGGACUGUCCUGUGAGAAUGAUAGGGUAUGAGGAACUGAUGUGUCCCAGAAGGCAGUUAGAUGAGAUGGAAUGUGCUAAGAAGUUUAAAGUUGACCUUGCCUUCAAAAUGCUAUCCUGUGGAAGGACAGACUUAGUACCUCAUGCCUUGCAGCUUCUCCCAGCCACCAAGGUAAACACAGUCAAUGAAUAUGGGCUGACACCGCUCAUGCUGGCUUGUAUCCGUGGUGAUGAGCCAAUGGUGAACAUGCUGCUUGAUGCCGGGGCAGAUGUAGAUGCUGAGACUCCCCCAACUGGGCCAGCAUAUCUCAUGGCCAAUCCAGAGACUCAGCACUGGACAGCUCUCACCUAUGCUGCAAUACAUGGACACAUAAACAUUGCCAAAACUCUGUUGGAGAAGGGAGGCAAUGUUGAAGGUGGUGCACGGCUGGCUGAGGAAAAAUGUACAGAAACACCUUUGCAAGUUGCUGCUGCUGCCGGUCACACAGACAUGAUGACACUGCUGUUGUCUUAUGGUGCCAACCCCUACCUCUCCACCCUCAUGAAGGACUCACUGUGCUACUCAGGGGCAGCUCAACGAGGCUGCUAUGCUGCCAUUGCUGUUGCUGCUGCUCAUGGGCAGAAGACUAUUCUUCAUAAGCUUCUGUCACAACCUCAGCAUGCCUCGGCCAGAGAAGUUCUUUCACUGGAAGAAAUUUUAGCAGAGGGAGCCAGUGGUAACACAUGUGACAGAGAAAGACGGCCUGGACGUCAAAUGUGCAUCAUUGAUGAACCCGUUGGCCGAGGUAGCAUGACAUCCUCUGACUCUUCUCAGGUUGUUAAACUUACUAAGCAGCAGAUCAAGACUCUUCAAGAAGCCAUGUACCACUCUGCUGAGUCAGGACACUUGGAAAUGACCUUGGACUUGCGAGACUUGGGUGUACCUUGGACGCUUCACUGUUGGAUGCACACGCUGGCCACUGCUCAUGAACACCGUUUGGAGUCCAUCAUUGACCAGCUGUUGCAAGACUUUCUUCAAGUUUGGCCUGAUGAUUACUCUGCUCAGUUUGUGGAUGAAUGCCUCCCUUUACUUUUCACCAUCUUUAGAUGCAGCAAGAAUGAGGGCACUUCUCUUCUUCUGGCUGAUAUAUUUUGUUCAUGUUAUGGUAAAGAGCCUAUAAAAGAAAUUCGUGAUACCACAAUCUCUGGUGGAGCAAGGAUUGAUCCAAAAUUUGUAAACAACCCAGAGCUGUCUGAUGUUCAGUUCAGGGUGGAAGGUCGAGUUUUUUAUGCUCAUAAGAUCAUAUUAGUAAAUGCUUCAUCAAGAUUCAAGCAAAUGUUAAGCUCAAAAUUUUGUGAAGGCAAUCCACCUAUUGUCCAGAUUCAUGAUAUUAGAUAUGAUAUAUUUGAGCUUGUGAUGCAGAGCCUGUACAAAGGAGGAUGUGAAAAUUUGGAGGUAGAGGAUGGAGAUGUACUGGAGUUGAUGGCAGCAGCCAACUUUUUUCAGUUGGAUUCACUGUUGCGUUACUGUGAAUCAAGGUGUUCAAAGCUGGUCAUCGUUGAUAAUGUGGUAUCAAUGUACAUUCAUGCUAAGGUCUACAAUGCAGUGCAGCUCCUGGAAUACUGCCAGGGCUUCCUGUUGCAGAACAUGGUUGCACUCCUCACAUAUGACGACUCUGUGCGACGCCUCAUCUUUGGAAAGAAGUUACAUGAUCAUGACGUCUUGGCUGGCCUUUUGCUGACACUGCAAGCACGUAUCAAAGCCCGUUCAUCCCCGCGUGCUGGAAAGAAGUGAACUCAGGAAAUUAAGGGAACAUCAUACUAAAUUGAAAAUUAGAAAAAAGUAAAAUAUGACCAAUAUUACUAUACAGUAUGAAAGGUUCUCUCUCUCUCUCUCUCUCUCUCUCUCUCUCUCUCUCUCUCUCUCUCUCUCUCUCUCUCUCUCUCUCUCUCUCUCUCUCUCUCUCUCUCUCUCUCUCUCUCUCUCUCUCUCUCUGUAUAUGUCUGUAUGCAGUAAAGUCCCUUAAUUCAAAUUACAGAAGAAUUAGUUGUUUGAUUUUAGAAAGGAAAGUACUACAGGUAUUAUCAGCCAAAAGACAGAUGUAUAUGUACAUCCAUACAUAGAUUUGGAUACAUUAUAUAACUAUUAGUAUUAAAGUUUCAUAUGAGACCUUACCCUCAUAUCCCAUUAUUUACCUUAACUAGCUAUCAAGGAUACUGAAUAAACACUGUAUGUAAUGCAGAGUAGCUUUAUAGUGGCCAUGUUUUGAGGGCUCUUAAAGUCAUGUCACACAUUUUUUUUUUACUGCAUCUGGAUGGUUAUCUUUGUAGAUCACUAUUACUCACAUGUCUUUUUCUAUUAUCAAAGGAUUUUUUACAUUAUAAGGUAAGUUUAUGAAGAUGAUGAUCAUUCAGGCAAAUCAGAAACACAUUAAUGAAACACAGGGAUUCAUAUUUGCUGUACUAUCCACUACUAGCAUGCUUCCUCUUGACUUUUACUUUGUAUAAUGCAAUGACAAAAAUAACUAAAAGGAAGCAUUAAUGAUAUAUAUUAUUGUCAUAAAAAUGUGAGACAGGUUGUAAAUAUUUGUCAUGAAUCCAAAUUUCCAGAAUUUUGCCAACCACUUUAAAAUUAAUUCAGACAGAUUUGAAGUAUAACAGGUUGGAUUAAGGAACUUUUACUUUGUGUGUGUGUCUGUGUGUGUGUGUGUGUGUGUCUGUGUCUGUGUCUGCAUAUGUAUAGCAUUCAGAAUUUAUAGGGCAUAAAUUAACAAGGUGUUUGAAACUGAAUAACUCUUGUAAUCUUUAAGCUUCCAUAAUGAUACAGACAUAUGCAGAACUAUUAUUUGUAUAUGGAUAUUUCUCAUACAUAUUCAAAGCUCAAUCUGCUGGCCGGAUGUAAGCUAUGCUCAUUUACAAAAUUGUGUGCUCAGUCAUUGUAGCUUAGUUAUUUACUGCUAUGAAAGUUAUGCAUUCUAAAGUCUUAGGAAUAAGUUUUUUUGGCAUUUCAUGAAUAUUUUGUUCAAUUCUUAUCAUGUACACCAUUUGGUAUAAAUGGUUAGUUGACACUACUGUUAAAUUUCAGAGAGAAAUUUUGAUUCAUUACUGGCUAGCUUUAAAAUUGUAGUGUUCCCUUAACUCCCCAUUCAUCACAUUCUCCUUCAAGUAGUACUUUUUUUUUUUUUUUUAUUCAAUAAUAUUUGCAGAUUAUGGUAGAAAGCUUAGUAUUGAAUUAUUACAAUGAUGAGAUCUCUCCAAAGGGGAACAUUUUCAGUGAAAUAUUACUUAACACUCAGUGGAUUUAUUUUAAGUGCUAAUUUGUAGUUUAAGUGCAAUUUACUGUACACAGAGGGCAACUUUACCACUUCAACAUAACUGCUGAAAGUUUC